CACAAUGCACUGAAUUAGUUUCCGCUUUCGUCUUUCUCAUCUGUCUGGUCUGCAGUGGAGGAAGCUUGAGACGGAGAGCUGCAUCAGACAGUACUUUACAUUUAAACGGAAUAUUACACGUUAUAUGGAACGCGAGGUGAUUGAAUGAUUGACAGCAUGGCGUCAAAAAGCUACUCAGAAGCCCAGCACGCCCUGCCUGCACGAACAGCAUUAUUCCAGCAGAAGGAUGGUAAAACAUACAGGAUUCCUGCUCUAAUCUACAUCAGUGAUGGUCAGACUUUCCUUGCCUUUGCUGAAGAGCGCAGCACUCCACGUGACCGUGAUGCAAAAGUGUUGGUGAUGAAGAGAGGAUCACUGCAAAAUGGAUCCCUUCAAUGGUCUCCUGCUCAAACACUCUCUUCUGCUCAUUUGCCGGAUCAUCGCACCAUGAAUCCUUGUCCAGUCUAUGAGAGGAAAUCCAAAACCAUCUAUCUGUUCUUUAUCUGCAUAUUGGGCAAUACCACAGAGUAUCACCAGAUUGCUACGGGUAGAAACCAAGCUCGGUUGUGUUACGUCACUAGUACAGACUAUGGCCAAACCUGGAGCAAGUUAACAGAUUUAACAAAUAGUGUUAUUGGAGAUGAGAUCUGCAACUGGGCUACUUUUGCUGUUGGACCAGGACAUGGUAUUCAGAUGAAAAGUGGAAGACUAAUCAUUCCAGCUUAUGUUUAUUACAUACAUUGUAGAUGUUUUCCUUUUCAUUUUCCACUCAUAGUGUGGCCUCAUGCUUUAUCGUUCUAUAGUGAUGACUGUGGUGUCACCUGGCAGAUGGGAGGAAAAAUCCCAAUGAAAUCCUGCGAAUGUGAGAUGGCUGAGAUCAUAGACCAUGCUGAUAGGAGUCAUUUGUACUGCAACGCCCGUAGUACACGUGGCCACAGAGUGGAGGCUUUAAGUGAAAGCAGCGGGGCAGCUUUUGACAAACCUCAUGUUGCUCAGAAACUUGUGGAGCCCCAUCAUGGAUGCCAGGGUAGCGUGUUGAGCUUCCCUGUGCCUGAGCCAUCAGAUGAAGAGGAGAAGAGCCCAAAUGAUUGCUUGACACAGUCAGACACAAAAACAUGGUUACUCUAUUCCCAUCCAACUAAUAAAAAGAAAAGGAAGGAUCUUGGAGUUUACUUGAAUAAAUCACCCUUGAAAACUUCUAGCUGGGGCCUACCGUGGAUCAUCCAUAUGGGUCCCAGUGGAUAUUCGGAUCUGACACAGUGUGAGGAGCGAUUUGCCUGCCUCAUGGAGUGUGGAGAGAAAAGUGAGAUUGAGGAAAUAGCCUUUGUUGAAUUUAAACUCAGCGAUUUAUUGUGCACUUGAAAUGAUAAAAGUACUUCCUGUGGAAAGUUUUACAGGAAUAGUUCCUGUAAAGUUUUACAGAAAAAUUGUUCAUCCUCAGGCCUUCCGAGUUAUAAAUUAUGAGUUUGUUUCUUCAUCUGAACAGAUUUGGAGGAAUUUAGCAUUAUAUCAACUUGUUCACCAAUGGAUCCCUCAGUGAAUGGGUGCCGUCAGAAUGAGAGUUCAAACAGCUGAUUAAAAAUGUCACAAUAAUUCAAAAGUAAUCUACACAAUUCCAGUCCAUCAAUUAAUAUCUUGUAACAUGAAAAGCUGUGUUUGUAAUAAACAAAUCCUUCAUUAUGAUGUUUUUAACUUUAAACCAUUGAAUCAGCCCUCAUAAGAGAAAUGCACUUGCACCGUUUACAAGUUAGAACAGUUCUGAAUAAUUAUUUAAUAAAUAUUUCAUCAGCUGUUUAGACGCUCAUUCUGACGGCACCCAUUGACUGCAGAGGAUCCAUUGGUGAAAAAUGUAUGUAAUGCUAAUUUUUUCCAAAUCUGUCACAAUGAAGAAACAAGCUCAUCUACAUCUUGAGUGCGAGGGUGAGUAAAUUUUCUGUAGAUUUGAUUUUUGUGUGAACUAGUCCUUUAACGUUUGCUUCUGGGUUAGAUUUGCUUCUUUCUGCUGGAUACUGUAAAAAAAAAUUAAAAAAAAACAAUUGAAAUCAUGUAACUGUUGACUUAAUAAAUGAAUGUGAUUAAUUAAAUCAUGACUGUGUUGGUACUGGCUUGAUACAUGUAAGGUAUGCUUUACCUUGUAGUUAUGUAUUUAUUAUCAGCAAAUGCCUAUUAUAUGCUUGUUGACCUUUAUUAUAGGACUGCAUGAUGGACACUACUCAUUUAAAUGUCAUAUAGACUGCUGGUGUCAUUAAAAUGUAUGGUAUGAUUAAGUUUAGUCU